UAGCCUACUCUAUCUCUCUUUCAGAAAGCACUGACAGAUGACAGUGCAGAUCAGUGUCUCAAGGAACUUUCAAAAGAGUGGACCAAGCCUGCAGAAAAAAGGUGCUUGGGACAUAUCCAUCUUCUGCUGGAAAAGACAUUUGCAACGAAUCAGAAAUGGAUAAUGUCUCUUCCUGAUGCCCAAGUAGAGCCCAUAUUGAAGCGAAUCCCAUGCUACAGUGAUGGAAGAAUGAUUCUCCAUGACUUUCAGCUCUUAAGAGGACGUGUCUUAUUAGAGGAACUGGAAUCUUGUCUUCAAAAGUUCAUGAGAGCCAUCGAAGAACUCAAGAGUACUGGCAGCAAAGAGGGACCACUGGAAUUGCUUCCCCUUAUCCAGUACAUACAAAAAAGACGGCAUUUGACAGGGGAAAAGGGAGUAAAACUGAAGCUGUCAUCUCAAUCAAAAAGGAAGUUCCGGAUGAGGAUGUGGAAGCCCACAUGACAAGUGGCAAGAAAGAGCUGCCUCGACUGGUCAUCUUUGUUACUGGAGAGGAAGAUGUGACUGGAUGUUUCAUCGUUUCUGAUGAGGUCGCAAUUGAUUGCAAAGUUACAUAUCUCACCAAGGCAUUCAUGCAGCUUAGCGCUGCAUACUAUGUCUUCAACCUCGAAUAUCCGAAGAUGUAUUUGCAACUAGUGAAAGAAUGGAAAUUAUUCCUAUAUUUUACCAUCUAAUCAGUAUAAAGGAUUUGUGUGGAAUCUUCCUGAAAAUAGGGAAUUGAGAGGAAAUGGUCCCAAGUCAUAUGGGGGGGGGGGGCACUAGGAUCUUCUGUGACAAGGUUGUGCCUCGGUCAACCUUCAAAAAACACCCAAAACACAUAUGCACACACACAUACACACACAAGACAAUCAUUUAUGAAAUCAUUUCAAGACCCUAUAUUUUGCCCUUGCAGGCAGUUCUUCA